UCCAACUUGGCAACUUUCUAAAACUUUGAAUAAUACAUUAUUUUAAUAACCUUUUCCUUUGGAAUUGUUUUUCCUUAUAAAUACAUGUGCCCCACUCUUCCCUUCCCUAAGUUGUAUACUACUACUUCAUUUGGUGACUUUGUCUACAUCCAUCUUCUUCCUUCUUCAAAACCCAUAUCCGCAUUUCUAGAUCUGUCUCUGAAACUACUACACCAUCAUCAUCAAUCCAUCACCAUGGUUCUCUCAAAGACUGCUUCGGAGUCGGAUGUCUCCGUCCACUCAACCUUCGCUUCUCGAUAUGUUCGAACUUCUCUCCCCAGAUUCAAAAUGGCGGAAAACUCGAUCCCCAAGGAGGCAGCGUACCAGAUCAUAAACGACGAGCUUAUGUUGGACGGCAACCCGAGGUUGAAUCUGGCGUCGUUCGUGACCACAUGGAUGGAGCCUGAGUGCGAUAAACUGAUGAUGGCCUCCAUCAACAAGAACUACGUGGACAUGGAUGAAUACCCUGUCACCACUGAGCUCCAGAAUCGGUGCGUAAAUAUCAUAGCUCAUCUAUUCAAUGCCCCAUUGGAGGAGUCAGAGUCAGCAGUUGGAGUGGGAACGGUGGGCUCUUCUGAGGCCAUCAUGUUGGCCGGCUUAGCUUUCAAGAGAAAGUGGCAGAACAAGAGGAGAGCUGAGGGCAAGCCCAUUGACAACCCCAACAUUGUCACCGGAGCCAAUGUCCAGGUGUGCUGGGAGAAAUUUGCAAGGUACUUUGAGGUGGAGUUGAAGGAGGUGAAGUUGAAGGAAGGAUACUAUGUAAUGGACCCUGAGAAAGCAGUGGAGAUGGUUGAUGAGAACACCAUCUGCGUCGCUGCUAUCCUCGGCUCCACUCUCAAUGGAGAAUUCGAAGAUGUUAAGCGCGUGAAUGAUCUCUUGGUAGAGAAGAACAAGGAAACUGGAUGGGAUACUCCAAUCCAUGUAGACGCAGCAAGUGGUGGGUUUAUUGCACCAUUUUUGUACCCAGAACUUGAGUGGGACUUCCGUUUGCCCUUAGUGAAGAGCAUCAAUGUUAGUGGACACAAGUACGGACUUGUGUAUGCAGGAAUUGGGUGGGUCAUCUGGAGGAACAAAGAGGACUUGCCUGAGGAACUCAUCUUCCAUAUCAACUAUCUUGGAGCAGAUCAACCUACCUUCACCCUCAACUUCUCUAAAGGUUCCAGCCAAGUUAUUGCUCAAUAUUAUCAACUGAUUCGCUUGGGUUUUGAGGGAUACAGGAAUGUCAUGGAAAAUUGUCGCGAAAACAUGAUAGUACUAAAAGAAGGAUUGGAGAAGACAAAGCGCUUCAACAUAGUCUCUAAAGAUGAAGGGGUACCAUUGGUGGCAUUUUCUUUGAGGGACAACCACCGCCACGACGAGUUCGAAAUCUCUGACUUGCUCCGCCGCUUUGGAUGGAUUGUCCCUGCCUACACCAUGCCCCCAGAUGCGCAACAUGUCACAGUUUUGCGUGUCGUGAUUAGAGAAGACUUCUCUCGCACUUUGGCGGAGCGCCUAGUGAAUGAUAUCCAGAAAGUGUUGCAUGAACUAGACACACUUCCAUCUAAGCUUAGCUCCAAUGUGAAGGCUGCCGACGGAGAGGAUGGGAAACCUGCAGAGACGAGGGCACUAGAGAGUAAGAAGAGUGAUUUGGAAAAGACAAGGGAGAUCACAACCAUUUGGAGGAAGUUUGUUACGGCCAGGAAGCAGAAGAUGAAUGUUGUUUGUUAGAAAGUGUCUGGUUUUUGCUACUCUAAUUAAUUAUUAACUUUGCUAAAAUUGAGUGUGUAAUUGUCAUUUUCGAUUAUUAACUUUGCUAAAAUUGAGUGUGUACUUGUAUGUGCUUUCAAUUGGAGUGGGAGUGAGCGUCCUUUUUGUAUCGCGUGUGGCAAUUUCUUUUGCUCAAAUUUGAUGCCUAAUGAGUAGUUUUACCCCCUUU